AUGAACGGCGCUCCAGCUCAAAAGUUUAAGGUCGCGGACAUCUCGCUCGCUGCCUUUGGGCGUCGUGAGAUCGAGCUCGCGGAAAUUGAGAUGCCGGGUCUUAUGGCUAUCAGACAGAAGUACGCUGAAGAUCAGCCGCUCAAAGGUGCCAGAAUUGCAGGGUGUCUACACAUGACCAUCCAAACCGCUGUCCUAAUCGAAACACUUACUUCCCUUGGUGCCGAGGUUACUUGGUCAAGCUGCAACAUCUUCUCAACUCAAGAUCACGCCGCUGCCGCAAUUGCAGCUGGCGGUACACCAGUCUUUGCAUGGAAGGGCGAGACAGAAGAGGAAUACCAAUGGUGCUUGGAGCAGCAGCUCACUUCCUUCCCUUCGAAGGAGUCACUCAACCUCAUUCUGGAUGAUGGUGGUGAUCUGACUGCCCUUGUGCACAACAAGUACCCUGAGAUGUUGAAAGACUGCUACGGUGUCUCUGAGGAGACCACGACUGGCGUUCAUCACCUUUACAGAAUGCUGAAAGGCAAGGGUCUUUUGAUCCCGGCUGUCAACGUCAAUGACUCCGUCACCAAGUCCAAGUUCGACAAUCUUUACGGCUGUCGUGAAUCUCUUAUCGAUGGCAUCAAGCGAGCCACUGAUGUGAUGAUUGCCGGAAAAGUCGCGGUUGUGGCUGGUUAUGGUGAUGUUGGGAAAGGAUGUGCACAAGCCCUCCACUCCAUGGGGGCACGAGUCAUCGUCACUGAAAUUGACCCAAUCAAUGCUCUUCAAGCAGCAGUUUCAGGAUACCAAGUGACCACGAUGGAAGAAGCAGCACCACAGGGUCAGAUCUUUGUGACCACCACGGGCUGCCGAGACAUCAUCACUGGUGACCACUUCUCUGUCAUGAGAAAUGAUGCUAUCGUAUGCAAUAUCGGUCAUUUCGACAUCGAGAUCGACGUUGCCUGGCUGAAGAAGAACGCCAAAUCAGUUCAGAACAUCAAGCCUCAGGUUGACCGUUACACUAUGCCUUCGGGUCGCAAUAUCAUUCUCCUAGCAGAUGGUCGUCUAGUCAAUCUUGGAUGUGCGACUGGCCACUCGAGCUUCGUCAUGUCUUGCUCCUUCUCAAACCAGGUCCUUGCACAGAUCAUGCUCUUCAAGGCUGAGGACGAGGCAUUCGGCAAGAGGUAUAUCGAGUUUGGAAAAACUGGCAAGAAAGAAAUUGGCGUCUAUGUGCUACCCAAGAUCUUGGAUGAGCAGGUCGCUCUUCUUCACCUGGAUCACGUCAAUGCUAAGCUGAGCAAACUCACCAAAGCCCAGUCGGAUUACAUGGAAUUGCCUAUCGAGGGUCCCUUCAAGUCUGAUAUGUCACUACCGUUAUUAGUCUACAUAAGCUUUUGCUCGCUUUUCCGGACAUUCAUCAUGUCGCUGCAUUGGGCGGAGCAACCGGAGAAUUGGGAAAGCGAAAAUCAUGCUCAACGCAUACUAGACUCGGGCUUCUUUUUGAAGCGACCAAACGAUUAG